UCUCUCCGCCUCGGCAGGAUCUCCAUUCCCACACCAACCGCGGGCGCCGAGGAGAGAGAGAGAGAGAGAGAGAGAGAGAGGUGUUGGUAGCUUGGUAUGUUUGACGCUGGGGAUCGCGAGGUCGUGGCGGUGAAGCGGAUGAAGCUGUGGGAGGAGGAGGAGGAGGAGGAGGAGGGGAUGGAGGUGGACGAGGGGGAGGGGUGGAUGUGGGGGGCGCCGGCGGCGGGGGAGCAGAGGGCGGCGGCGAUCGUGGUGGCGGACGCGGCGGAGGCGGACUUCCCCGUCAUCUACGUCAACGCAGCCUUCGAGGCCGCCACGGGGUACCGCGCCCACGAGGUGCUCGGACGCAACUGCCGAUUCCUACAAUUUCGGGAUCCACGUGCGCAAAGGCGGCAUCCCCUUGUCGAUCCGAUGGUUGUUUCAGAGAUUCGGAGAUGCCUCAAUGAGGGGAUUGAAUUCCAAGGUGAGCUCCUGAAUUUCCGGAAGGAUGGUGCUCCACUUUACAACAGGCUAAGGCUCGUUCCAAUGCACGGGGAUGAUGGCUAUGUGACACAUGUCAUUGGAAUCCAACUAUUCUCUGAAGCUAACAUUGAUCUCAGCAACAUAUCAUAUCCAGUGUAUAAACAACAGUCCAACCACAGACCCAGCAUUCAAGAUCUGAACUCAGCUUCUCAUGAACAUGCUCUGAAAAUCCAAAGUUCAGACUACUGUAGUAUUCUCCAACUGUCAGACGAAGUUCUUGCGUACAACAUCUUAUCUCGCCUGUCCCCACGAGAUGUUGCAUCGAUUGGAUCAGUCUGCACCCGUAUGCAUCAAUUAACCAUGAAUGAUCACCUAAGGAAGAUGGUCUGCCAAAAUGCAUGGGGAAGAGAUGCCACUAUCAGGCUUGAGAUGAGCACCAAGAUGGUAGGGUGGGGUCGUCUUGCAAGAGAACUAACAACCCUUGAGGCAGCCUCAUGGAGGAAGUUUACAGUUGGAGGUCGCGUCGAGCCCUCCCGGUGCAACUUCGGUGCCUGUGCUGUUGGUAACCGCCUUGUCCUUUUCGGAGGUGAGGGGGUCAACAUGCAGCCUAUGGAUGACACGUUUGUGCUUAACCUGGAGGCUGCUAGGCCAGAAUGGCGCCGUGUCAAGGUUUCUGCCUCCCCACCCGGUCGGUGGGGGCACACUCUAUCAUGGUUGAAUGGGUCAUGGCUGGUAGUAUUUGGUGGCUGCGGGCAGCAAGGUUUGCUCAAUGAUGUCUUCAUCCUUGAUCUUGAUGCUCAGCAGCCAACAUGGAGGGAGGUUGCAAGCGAGGGGCCUCCACUACCACGAUCUUGGCACAGCUCAUGCACCUUGGACGGUUCAAAGCUUGUUGUCUCAGGGGGGUGCACUGAGUCUGGUGUUCUUCUCAGUGACACCUUCCUUCUUGACCUCACCAAGGAAAAGCCUGCAUGGAGGGAGAUUCCUACAUUCUGGUCACCACCAUCCCGCCUCGGCCACACCUUGUCUGUUUAUGGUAAGACUAAACUAUUUAUGUUUGGUGGUCUAGCAAAGAGUGGCUCGCUCCGGCUGCGCUCCAGCGAUGCCUACAUGAUGGAUAUUGGUGAAGACAGUCCUCAAUGGAAGCAGUUGGCGACAACGGGGUUCCCGAAUGUUGGCCCACCGCCAAGACUUGAUCAUGUCGCCGUGAGCCUGCCCUGCGGAAGGAUAAUCAUAUUUGGUGGCUCGAUUGCCGGGCUGCACUCACCAGCACAGCUGUUCCUGCUUGACCCCACUGAGGAAAAGCUGACAUGGAGGAUCCUGAAUGUCCCCGGGCAGCCCCCGAAAUUUGCCUGGGGACAUAGCACCUGUGUGGUUGGUGGCACCAGGGUCCUAGUUCUUGGAGGUCACACCGGGGAGGAGUGGAUCCUGAACGAGCUCCAUGAGCUCUGCCUCGCAAGCAGGCCCGACGAAGACGAUUGAUUCCAUUGUCCUGCCUUCCUGGCACGCGCAGCUGUCUAUUUAAUUUAGAUCAUAUAUAUUAAUAACACCUACUGUCAUUUUGUCACUGCAUUCAACAUUGAUAUAAAAAAAUAGUAGCGCAAAUGAAUCGAAAAAAGAGUUGGUCCAAGAGAGUUUAGCCUACUUUGUUGUUCUGAUAUUGUCUUGCGUCGGUCUUGAUAGGUAUUAUGGUGUAUCUGUAUAUUUUCAAUUUUCGAAAAAACAAAAAACAAAAACAAAAUUGCAGAUUGUGAAUUCGUGUAUUGAAGUCACCACUGUCUUAUUUGUGUCUGCUCA